AUGGCUACCUUUGGAGCUGGGAAUCCGAUGGCUCACGCCCCACAAUCUUCACCGCAAUACCGCCAACAAUCUGUUGCAUCGUUACUACCCCGAAAAUCGACAUCGACUGGGUCUUCAAGCGGAGGGGUUCAAUCUGGUGAAAAUUCUGGCGCCAAAAUCCACACCCUCACAGCAUGCAAUCGAUGCCGCAGCAGAAAGAGUCGUUGCGACGCCUCGCUACCUAAAUGCGAGCCCUGUCAACGCAGUGGAUCACAAUGCGAUUUCUGGGACGCGUCCAAAGGAGUAGUGCUGUCGCGGAGUUAUGUUAUAUUCUUACAAGAUCGAGUGAAGGCACUCGAUCAAGAAAUCAAGCAGUUAGAGAAGGAGUUGCCGCCUAGUAGUGGGCUUGACGAUGACGACCUUGUGCGGAGCAUGGGGAUGGUCUCACUAUCAGACGAAGAACCAGAACGACAUUUUCUCGGAUCAUCUGCGGGAUUACAGCUGGCGAGGCUAGUUGUCGAGUUUGCGAAGAAGAACACCGUUACGCACUCUGUCAAGGAAAUUGUCCCACCCACGGAACACGAGCCAGCGAGAUUUCAAGGGAAGGAGCGUCGGGCAAGUGCAUUUGCAUUAAGCUCUGCACCAAUCGACAAGUUACCAAAGAGGGAGUUAACGGAUAAACUUGUAUCCGAAUUUAUCUUCAAAAGAGCGCAAUUUAUGUUACCAACCCUUCACGAAAACACAUUCAUGAGAGAUGCAGAUGAGGUGUAUGCUGGGUCUACUGACCCGCAUAAGAAUUUUAUUUUGAAAAUGGUUCUUGCUAUCAGUAUGCAAAAAAUAGGAAGCCAAUACUCUGGGCUUGCUGACGGCUUUUACCUCUCUGCUCUUACCCAUCUAGAAGCGGUGGUUGGGGCUAUGAACCUGAGUACACUACAAUGUUUUUGUCUUAUGGGACAAUAUUCUCUUCUCACUCCAACACGGACUGGGAUCUAUCAUAUCAUUGGGUUGGCUACCAGACUAUGCAUUGACUUGGGCCUAAACCAAGAAAGUACGAUAACAAAAGACAUAUUCGGAAAUCCAUUAGACCCUUUGACAAUCGAUAUGAGAAGGCGUUUAUUCUGGGUUACAUCUUCGAUGGAAUCCGGUCUCUCUCAUAUCCUGGGCCGGCCUUCCGGAUUCUGUACCGGGGAUACCUUUACUGACGUUCAAUUCUUCCAGCCCUAUGACGAUAGUCUUAUCACAAAGGAUGGUAUCUUGCAUGGCCCAAUAGCGACAAAGAAACUUGUAUCUAUGCAUUUUUUCAAAAUGCGUAGAAUUCAAUCUGAAAUCAGACUCGGAAUCUAUCAAAACUUGAAGGAGACACCAAAAGAUGACCAAGAUCCUUGGUUCAAGAGGAUGCAUGCGAAACUCGACGAGUGGGUGAACAGCGCACCUGGGAAUGGUGAGGGUAGUGGCCUUUCUCAAGAAUGGUUCCGUCAUCGUUAUAAUAACAUGUUGAUCUUUUUGUAUCGCCCGAGCCCACAAAUCCCGAAACCAUCGCUUGAAGCAACGAUCCUCUGCUAUGACUGUGCUAUCAAGAACAUCAACAUUCAGAAGAAGAUGUUUGACGAACGUACCGUUGAUAUGACAUGGGUUCUUGUGCAUCAAGUCUAUAUGACUUGUAUUAUUAUGAUGUGGUGUCUCUCAUACGAGGAUAUUCGGAGACUUCACCCACGAAAUGAAGUCGCAAAGCACAUCCAAACAGGAUUAGAAUGUAUGGAUAUGAUGGUGGAGCGUUGGCCAGGUGUCGGCUCUGCCCGCGAGAUCUUUUGGCGGUUGUCAAUAGUUGCCCUACAGAGCUACGAAGCAACUUCCUCUGAUGUUCGCUCUAAUAUGCCGCCUUCGGCAGGAGGGUCUCUGCCUACUGUGCAAUCUGCACCCCCUCCGCCAGUGCAGAAAGCACCAACGCCAACUAGGGUGGCUCAAAAUGCGUCUGCAACCCCUCCGCAUGGUCGAUCACCCCCGCAUACCCCGCCAUCCUACUCCCCGGCCAGCUUUCAUACGACGCCCUCUUCAAGAAUGUCAAUGCCGAGUACUUCGUCGAUUGGACCACACCAUGCUUCAAUGGAUGAACAAAUCAAUGGAACAUUCAACAAUUCAGCCCCCAUAAUGCAGUAUCUCAAUCAAUCCUUCGACAGCACGAACACACAGUAUGGGAUGAUUUCACAAUCCCCUCCACCCCGCAUGCAUUCACAAAGCCCCUCCGCAUCUAGCGGCUACUAUGGUAGCAAUAGCCCCGCAAGCGAUUUCAAUAACCCCCCAACGCCCGGUACUCAUACAACGGACGAAAUCACUCCACGACAUUCACUAUCAGGCUAUAGCUUUGAGCCAUAUAGCAUGAACCAACAAUCAAUAGAUCUUGCAACUGCUCGGACAUUAUCUGAAGAUUUGGGAAUAUCGCCCCAAACAGUUUUACCCCCAUAUCCUGUUGGGAUACAGGAUCACUUAUCAUCCUAUCAACCAACAAAUUCGGCAACAACCCUGCCAACAAUUAACGAGGACCCAGCAGCCCCUUUCGCAUCUUCAUUCCCAGGCUCGGGCCAGAUGUUCAAUUUUUACCCUUCUUCCGACGUUUCCAACCUCCUAAACUGGACAACUUCCGGCCAGAUGGACGUGCUACAUGGCAACCCGUAUACAAGCAACACAUACAGGAUGGAUGUGAUCGAUCAACAACAGGCGAAUGCCUUAAUGAUGUCUCUGGAGAACGAUAGCCAAGGUGAUAUAUUUUCUGGGAUUCCUUUUUCAACAGGAUCUUACCUUUGA